GAGCUGAGGAAGACUAAGAACAGUCAGUGGAGGGCAACUAGGAAGAGUGCAGUAUCCUAGAAAUGCAACAAGGGCAAACAGGUUAAUAUAGAGUAUGGGACAAGAUGGGUUAGGACUAGGGGUAGGGGAGUCUACAUUUGGUAGAGAGAUUAGGGGAGGCCUCCCAGAAGACACUGGAGCUAAAUGAAACUGGAAUCAAAAGGCCUUGAGCUUGGCCCCUCUCUACCACGGCAAGACAGAAUUGAGGACUCAGGAAUAUUGGGUGACUCAGAAUCUCAGAACUACUGAGGCAAUUGUCCGUGUCCACGGAGUUGAGUGAGGGGCGGAAAGCCCAUCAUCAGAACCCAAAGAACUGUAGGUCGUUCUCCAAACCCUCGCUGCCUUCUCCAAUCCUCCACCCAAGAAAUUGCUGGCUCUGACUUCUGCAGCGCGGCAGCAGGAGGGUUAACCCGUGAGUGGCCUACAGACGGGAGGGGGAGAGGCGGAGACCAAGCUGUUCAAGCCGCCGCGCCGAGCCCAGCCGAGCCGAGUCGAAUCCAGCCGAGGCGAGCAUCUCCCGCUGCCGCCGCCCCGCGCCCCGGGCGCCCGCCCCCCUCCGGCUCCAGCGCCUUGUAGCGGGCCAAACCUCCUGACCAUGCCUCUCGCCCCACCCGCUUCAGCGACCCCCGAGUCCCACGCAACCCCGAACGCCCGCAGUCCUCUCGCCUCCGCACCAGGCAUGCAGUAAAGGCUGAAAAUCUGGGUCACAGCUGAGGAAGACCUCAGACAUGGAGUCCAGGAUGUGGCCUGCUCUGCUGCUGUCCCAUUUCCUUCCUCUCUGGCCACUGCUGUUACUGCCCCUCCCAGCACCUGCUCAGGGCUCCUCCUCCUCCCCUCGAACCCCACCAGCUCCAGCCCGCCCCCCCUGUGCCCGGGGUGGCCCCUCAGCUCCACGACAUGUGUGCAUUUGGGAGCGGGCACCUCCACCAAGUCGAUCCCCUCGGGUCCCAAGAUCACGUCGGCAAGUUCUGCCAGGCACGGCGCCCCCUGCCACCCCAUCAGGCUUUGAGGAGGGGCCUCCCUCAUCUCAGUACCCCUGGGCUAUUGUGUGGGGCCCCACAGUGUCUCGAGAGGAUGGGGGAGACCCCAACUCAGUCAAUCCUGGAUUUCUGCCCCUGGACUAUGGUUUUGCAGCCCCCCAUGGGCUGGCUACCCCGCACCCCAACUCAGACUCCAUGCGGGAUGAUGGAGAUGGGCUCAUCCUUGGAGAAACACCUGCUACCCUGAGGCCGUUCCUAUGGGGGCAUGGAGAAGGUGUGGAUCCCCAGCUCUAUGUCACAAUCACCAUCUCCAUCAUCAUUGUUCUUGUGGCUACUGGCAUCAUCUUCAAGUUUUGCUGGGACCGCAGCCAGAAGCGGCGCAGGCCUUCGGGACAGCAAGGUGCCCUAAGGCAGGAGGAGAGCCAGCAGCCACUGACGGACCUGUCCCCAGCUGGAGUCACUGUGCUGGGGGCCUUCGGGGAUUCGCCCACCCCCACCCCUGACCAUGAGGAGCCCCGAGGGGGACCCCGGCCUGGGAUGCCCCAGCCAAAGGGGGCUCCAGCCUUCCAGUUGAACCGGAUUCCCCUGGUGAAUCUGUGAUGCACCCCCACCCAUGUUGGGGUGCUGCCAAGGAGGCCAAGGGGCCUGCAUAGCCGCCAUCCACUGAGGGUGGGGCAGCUGGGGCCAUAGGGGCUCCGGGCUCCUGCCCUUGCACACCACCUGGAACACUCAGUGGCCCCAUGGGCAAGCAUUCCUGCCCACUCUCCUGCAGUUGGGGGCUUCACAUACUUGUGACUUUGGGUCCCCCAUCCUUACUCUCGCACACUCACAUGAAAGCCUUGCACAUUCACCUCACCCUCACAAGCCACUGCACAUACUCAUUCUCUUUAUGGCCACUCUUCUGCACCCUCUCCCCAUCCACAUCUCUUUGCUCAGUGACUGCUCACAUUCUCCAUCUUGUUUCACAUUUUCUCUCUCCCUCCUCUAUACCCAUCUCAGUCACUCAGCAGUCCAUUUUCAUGCACACCUCACCUCUCCUGUGCAUUUCUGGCCCAAUGUUGUGGAUUGGUGUGGCGUACUCACUCUCUGCCUCAAACAUCCACUGGUCUAGUUUUUGUGGCUCCUGCAUGCUGCCCCAGAGGUGGGUUGGUGGUGAGCUGGGGUCUCCUCAUGCCCUCCUCUGUCAUGGUGCCAUCCCAUUCCAUGUCACGAGUUUCACUGUCUUACCAUCCCAUGCCAAGGGCGCUGGCAUUACCCCGAGGGCUCCCCCAUGGGUAUGUGGGUAGUUAGGCCCCACUGCUAAUUCUGUUGUCUGAGAGAUGGAUUUUGGGGAGUCACCCGCUGCACUACAUGAGAAAGGGACUCUCAGUAGUCCUUCCCUCCCUCCCAAGUCCCUUUUGUCUUGUCUGUCCUGGCUCUGUGUGUGUGUGUGUGUGUGUGUGUGUGUGUGUGUGUGAGAGAGAGAGAGAGAGAGAGAGAGAGAGAGAGAGAGACUCUGACUCUCUGGAA